GGUCACUAGAAUAACGUCGGGUCCCUUCAAUCUGGUCGGUGAAAAUGAUGCCGUCGCGAGAUCCCGUCCUUCCAGCAGCGAUGGACGCGCGCCAUCUCGACGACUUGGCGUUCGUCAAGCGCGGCAAAGUAGCUGCGCUAUCGCGCUGGACGAAGUUCGCCCAGUGGUACGUCGCGCCGCCGACCGAGAACGCCGCCGCCAAGCGCUACUGCGGCCAGCACCUCUCGAAGCGUGCCUGCCUUCUCCUGCACGUCGUCGUGCUGCUUGUGCUGGCGCUUGUAAGCUCCGGCCUCGUGCUCGUCUACGUCGCCGUGCCACGCAUGAUCCAAGCUCGCUUUGCAAGCGCGAUGGCGCAUCCGCCUUCGAGCGAUAACAGCAGCAACACCACGAGCGUCUCUCGGCCCAGCGACGGCGCCGCCGACUUUCGCGUGCGCACGACACUGCCAGCGCUCCUCCCGAUCGGCGGCACCGUCGAGCUCGUCGGUGUCUCGACCUACGCGAUUGCCGAUAUGCGCGGCAAGACGUGGGCGACGGUCACAAUGAGCUCCGUGGCUUUUGCGGUAAACGCGCCAGCCGACGUAUCGAUUGACUUUAACCUUUCGGUGAUCGACGCGCCGUCGUCCGAGGUGGUCGCGGCCAUGUUUCCCGAGCGGCAACUGGCGCUGCACAUUGCAACGAGGUGGACGAUCCGGUUUUGGGGCUCGAUCUGGUACUCGGAGCUGCCACUCAACGGAGUGUACACGCUCUACCUGCCGCACACGCUUCAAGACCAGUUUGAUGCUGUCGUUCGCAGCCCGCUCUCUCCGUCGCCGUCGAGUUCGGGGGCCAACGCGACGGUCGAAGUGCUCUCGGCACGCAAUGGCAGCUUCCGCAUCAACGCGACCGUCCCCGCGCUCUCGCUGCUUCCGGGGACGAUCCGCGUACUCGGACCCACCGUCAUUGUCAUUUCAGAUCCACAAAAGACGCCGUUUGGUCAUGUGACGUUCGAGACGGUGACGUUGCCAAUGGACCGUGUCACGAGACUCUCGGUGACGGGGUCGUUCUCGCUCGUGGGCUUACCGACAGCGUCGGUGCUAUUGGCUGCCGUCCAAUCCAAUAGCUUCCGCAUGCAUGUAGACUCGAACUGGACGAUCGAAGCGUGGCACCAGAUCUGGUUUGCGCCUCUCUCGCUCCACUCGCAGUUCGAUUUGAACUCGACGACCGGCGCCCAGCUGUGGCAACUCGUCCAGUGCAAGAUCUACGUCUGCUAA